CGAACAAAAAGAUUAACGUUUCGCGGGCGGGGUGACAUCACUAUCGUUUUCUGGUUGUGUUGUGUCAGUCACUUACAGAAUGACGCAGUAGAAGGUCGUCUCAGAGAUGGCGAGCUUCCCAGUAUGAAAAUACAAUUUUAUGGCGAGGUAAAAAUAUUCAGUUUGGGAAAGAAAAAAUGUCUGCAGACUCUCCAAGGCGUGGUGUGCAUAAAGGAGUACAAGUUGUAUCACCUCAGCCAAUAGUUGAUCGUUCAAUUAUAGAUAGUGUUGCAGGAAUAAUUAAUGAUAUUGUUCCACAGGCUUAUACUGGCACACCAAAUUCUGAGAACAAAGAGUCUAUAUCAUGGGCAAGGUUUGAGUAUGCAGACAUUAAUGAUCCUACCCUGUAUCCAGACUACAAUGAAGGCUCUAAUACACCACCUUUAUUAUUGGUACUCGGCUAUACAACUGGAGUUCAGGUAUGGUUGAUAGCAGCAACCGGAGAAGGAACUGAAGUGUUAUCAUGGCGACAAGGUGUUGUUCGUACUCUGAGAAUUUUACCAAAUCCAAAGACUGAUGAUGAACAUGUUGAUUUGUUUGAAUUGAAACGGCCAAUGGUAGCAAUAUGUGAUUCAGCUGGACCUGGACCACAAUUUUGCAACAUUAGUUUCAUUUCAUUAAAAACUGGGGAACAAGCUAAAAGCAUAAAAUUUAAAAAUCCUGUUUGUGACAUAUUGGUAAAUAAACGAUCCGUAGUAGUAACAUUUUUAGAAAAGAUCGCUGUGUUCGAUGCUCGAACAUUGGAAGAUGUAUUAACAGUUACUACUUGCUAUGCCAGUCCUGGUCCAAAUCCAAAUCCUGUUACUUUAGGCACAAGAUGGCUUGCUUACAGUGAAAAAAAGUUACUACCAGCAAAAAGAAGUAGCGGUGGUUGCGAAAGUGAAGGAGUUCAAAGUUAUACAGCAACUGUUCUAUACGCGGCAAAAUCUUUAGGGAAAGGAUUGCGUGGUUUGGGGGAAACAGUUGCAUCCAGUUUAACUGGCAAUUCAGUGUCACCAGUAGUCAUUAAUAAUACCAGCAGUGACGUAACUCAACCAGGAGUGAUUACGAUAUUAGAUCUCCAAGCAGCAAAAGAGGAGAAAGAAUUAGACGAUGCGAAUAUAGAGACUGUCGUUGCCCAUUUUACUGCCCAUAGUGAUGCAAUCGUUGCUAUGACUUUUGAUUUAAGUGGUGCAUUGCUAAUGACCGCUGACAAAAGGGGGCAUGAUUUUCAUGUAUUUAGAAUUCAGCCACAUCCAGGUGGUCCCACUUUGGCAGCAGUACAUCAUUUGUAUAUUCUACAUCGUGGAGAUACUACUGCGAAAGUGCAGGAUAUGACUUUUUCGAGUGAUACUCGAUGGGCUGCGAUAUCAACUGUGCGGGGCACUACUCAUGUGUUUCCUGUUGCACCUUAUGGUGGACCAGUAGGAAUACGAACUCAUUCCACACCUCAUGUUGUAAAUAGACUUUCAAGAUUUCAUAGAAGUGCAGGUUUAAUGGACGACGGCACCAGAUCUCAUUCUCCUGUAUCUCAUACAGAGUUGCCUUUAUCAGUGUAUCCAUAUUCUAAUCCAAGACUCCCUCCGUACCCUCAUCCAACUGUACUACAUCCUCUGGCACAGAUACGACAACCAUCUUCAUUAAGUCAUAUAAACAGUCAAGUUCAACAAAGCAGGCCACAGCAACGACAACGAUUGCAUUCGGACGAUAGUGGAACAUUACCAUUAAAAAUAUGUGCUUGUUUUGCACCUCCAAGAGCUUGGAUGUAUGCGCAAAGGGAAUCUACUGCAAAAGUUAUGAAGAGAGCAGUUGAUUCUUUGUUUAUUAUGGCGUGUCACGGAAAUAUGAUACAAUAUGAUUUAGAACCCAAACCAGCUGCAGGUAUACCAAAAGAAAAAGUAUGUGACGAUACGAUGAUAGAAUUAGAGGUCGAAGCCAAAGGUCAAUGGCCUCUUCUAAGAUCUCCGAAUUCUUUAGAGAUUGUACCACCUUUGCCAACGUCUAGCCCUUUACUAAAUGUCAAUGUUAUACCGAAAGACAGUCAAGAUGACGAUUUAGCGGAGGAUCGUUGGUUAAGUCAAGUAGAAAUUGUAACACACGCUGGUCCACAUAGGCGACUUUGGAUGGGACCUCAGUUUGUUUUUAAAACCUAUAAUGCAACUAGUGGAGCUACUGUGAAUCUUGUCGAAGCAGAGGCUGUUGAAAUUGGAGUAACCGGUGGAUCUCGUCCUGCGAGAUCAAAUCCAGUCAAUAUGCCGCAUGCUGCAUCCAGAUCAUUGGUACCUGUGGUCAUUGAUGGAUCAGGAAGCAGUUAUGAGCAGUCUCCAAGAUUUAUGGAAGCGUAUGGUGAUCCCUUAGAUAGUGAAAAUGCUGGUGUUGGCGGUGGUGAAAAUCAAUUGAGAGAAGAUUUGGCCGAAGCUAUGCUAGAAACAUCGAUCGCACCACACCGUGCUCCAGGGAGGCGAUCGGUAUUUGAGAGGGUGGGUCAACCGGUAACUAAAGUCGUCAACCCUCUGGGCACCGUGAUUACUGUAUCGGCCGAUAAGGAGGACAUUAACUCUAGUCAGGAGUUCGAUUUCGCAGAGGAGAGCCAUGUGCCGGAACCACCUAGGAGCGUGUGCGCCGAAGAAGGUCCGGCUUCUCUCGGCGAUUUCGAGCCGGAGAGUCAAACUCUGCGCGGUCUCACCGAGAUCUGCGCGGAAAUGCGCUCAGCUGGCGAGCCUGCGAUCGACAGCGUGCCGGACGAGAACAUCUGUGAGGUGAAGGAGAGAAAAACGUUGUGCGUCGAGAUCGCUUCUAUUAAGAACCCUGGGAACUCUACUAUUGACUUCGAGAAAGAAGAAGCCUUCCGCGAUGUACCGACCAGCCUGAGUCUGUGCGUAGAACAGGGUGAAAUCCCCAGCAGUCCUAUGACCCAGGCAAAGGAAGCUGCUUGGUGCAGGAAAGUUGAUAAAAGGGAAGACAGAGGGGCUCACGAGAGGAACGUAUCCGAGGCACAAUACGUAGUCAACUAUGAUGAGGGUAAUGUAGUUUUGAUGGAAAAUAAGGUAGCUCAUGAAAAAAAGCAUACGUCGGUGCAUUGUAAAACUGAGAGUAAAAAAAUUUGCGAGUUUGAAAAGGUUGCGAAGAAGUCGGAGAAGAUCGGGUCCUCUGUAUGUCCUAGUAAACGAACCGAGACUAGGAAGUAUAUUCUAAAAGAACACGGAGAUAGCAUCAUUAUUGAAGACAUUACUUGCGACGAUCCUGGGGAUGAUUGCAUCCAGAAGGAAGGAUGCGGAAAAAGCGUGAUCGAAGAUACGGACAGUAAAAGUUCUGAAAGUAAAAGCAGGGAGUAUUUGAAAGAAACUGUAAUUGGGAAAUGUAAAGACAAAUCAAAGUCUUCCACGGCUCAGAGUUACAAAGAAAAAGUUGAAGUUCUUGCAGAAAGCAAAAGUUCGUUGAAGCAGGUAGAACCGACCACAGAAAUGGAUGUUGUAAUCGAAGAAACCGGUAAGAAAGAAGAUUUCAAGCCGACUGUAAGUGCGGACGUAUUGACUAAAGAAACCGAUAAAUAUAAGUCAUCGACAUCGGACUCGAACGACGAAUUCAGUUCCAGUGAAUAUCACAUCGUAGAUACACCUUCCAACAAUGGUACUUCGAUUCAGUCCGACGAAGACAUUGAACAUAUCCAAAGCUCCGAGAUCGCUCAAUUACAGCAGGCUGAAUGCAUCGACAGCGAUAAAUGCGUGGACGUGAUAAGUUGCGCAGGUUCUUCACCUAUAUAUAAGACUACGAUAUCUGAUGACGAUAUAGAGUACAUACAUGCUUCUGAACUAUUAGAAACAUCUGACAAAAUUUGCAAAGAAGAUUCGAAAUUUGAAAUUAGUAAAGCCAGCGAUAGUGAAUCGACCACGACAAGGAUUAAAUCUUCAUCGUCUGACGACGAUAUGGUACACGUACACUAUUCGGACGUCGAUGAUGUACCAUCUGAAAGACCCGAGGAUGCGUGUGAAAGAAGCACGAGGAGAUCUCAGGAGAUUACAGCAGAAUCGGCGUUGGCAUCUAAGAAUGCUAAGAAGACAAAGGAUAUCGUGGUGAUCGAAAGCGACACAUCGGAUGCUGAUGUGACUGUAAUCUUUAAACCGGGUGAUAGUCGGAAGAAUAAGAGUACAGAGAGAAAAGAGGAAUUGGAAGAAUCUGAUAACACAAAAGAUAUCCCGGCUACUGAAAAUGUUAGUCCACUAAGAAAAACUAAGGUUCGUUCCGCUAAAACAUCUCCUUCAAGUGUCGCAUCUAAACGAUCGCAAGCAGGAAUCGAAAUAAUCGACAUCGACGCGAUGCAGAAAGCUGAGAUGAAAGUACUAAUCGAUACUACAUCCGUUUCUGAAUGUAAGAUCCUUGCUGGACCCGAGGUCAGCGGGACUCGUGCGAAGAAGUAUCGGAAGAUUAAAAAAGCCACCAACGAAAGCAACGUACAAAUUUCCGAAGCUUCCAUCGAGCCUGUAAAACCUGUCGAAGAUGUUUCAAAGGAAUUAAGCUCGCAAGAGCCGUUGCCUGAAUUUUCUUGGAGCGCUGUAGUAAAGAAGAAAAAUGAUUCUCCCGUGGCUGAGUCAGAAACGCGAAGAGAAGAUAAAGUCGAAGAUGAUAAGCUGAAAACCGGAUCGUUCAAUCCUAUCGAAGUCUCGUCGUGCACGCCUAUCUUGGAGAAAAUAGAGUCUUUGAAGAAGAAGAUACACGAGUCUUCGUUGAGGAAGAAUUUAGACAAAAAGAGUUCGAGUUCUCAGAUGGUAGACAAAGUUCGAGAGGGUGACUUGGAAUUAUAUCCCGAAGAGGAAAUUUCCUGGAGCUCUAUCGUCAAAAAGAAAAACACUUCCUCUGCCGAGAAUGAGACAAAGAAGAAAUCUGACCUCGAUCUAAUAGCGGAAGACGCGAGCAAUGAAGAAAGGAAAAUUAGUCGAAAAGAGGAAUCUUUGACUGAUUCAUCCUCGACGAUGGUGAAUCAAUUGAAAGAAACUGUUAAGGAAACAACCGUGGAAGAAUCAUUUGUACAUGCAACAGAAGGAUCUGAGAGUUUCGUCGUUAAAAAAAGAUCUGUUUCCACCACAGAAAGCGAGUCUACUACGAGAAAGAAAAUUGGUGAACAGAAAAUUCACAAAAAGUUGCAUCUACCGACCAAUUUGUCGGAAAUUGAAAAUGAGCACGAGACAAACUCACCUGCAAGUGAAAGCAUCUCAUCCGAGAAAGUUUCCAAAUUAGAAGCUGUAAGCGAGAUCGAUGAAAAAGUUUCAAACGAUUCAAACAAGUGGAAUGUCGAUGGACCGUUGGUAGGUGCAACAUUUGCGAAAGAAGAUUCCUCGGAACCUGAAAGAGAUACCGAGCCAGAGAAGAGGAGCGAUUCAGAGCAGGAGAUCGUGCCUGAACGUUCGACUUCUUUGGACGAGUUGAAUCCAAAUGUGGUGCUCACGAACGUCGAAGGAGAGUAUUCGGGUCGUGAGACAGCUGAAAGGAGCGCGACGAAUACCUUAGUUUGCGCCACGUCCAAGAAAGGCAAUAAGUCGAAGAAAAAAAAACGCAGAUGAGUAGAGGAUUGCAUGGAUGUACCUAGGGCCAGCCUUGCCCUUUACAUACUCCUGAUGCAAGUAACUGGAGUUGAUUAGCAGGAGUAUAAACCGGGAACAAUUCGCGUUUCCGAUUUUCAUUCUAAUCAAGUUAGCAUGCUCGUUUUAUCGAAGAACAAUUAUUUUAGGAAGCACGUGUUAUAUAAUCACUUUUCACGAGUGGAGCAAGCUGUAGCUCCGUUUUCAUGGAACGACAAGUGUCUGGCAUCUUGUCAGAUUUGAUAUUUUUGAAAAUAUUUUCUAAAAAAAAAAAAAAAGAGGAAUUAUCGAACAAAUAGAAAUAGCAGUAGUACAUAUAUGUUGAUUUAGUAACCGUGUUAGAAAAGAAUCAACAUGAAAGAACGUUCUAGAGGCACUCGAUGAAAUUUCCUAUGAUAAGAACAAGGGCAAGGCUGUAAUCAUUGGAUUUACGUCCGUUAAUAUUCGAAUUGAAUUUGUGGAACAAAUAAACAAUUGGAAAUAACACACACACGCGAACACGAACACACACGAACACAUUUAACACUCAGCCAACCGCGCGUGCCGCAGCGAGCUAUACGUUUCCACCGCGUUCGGAUAAGCCAACCUAUACGCUGUCCACCGCGCAUUUUUCCAAGUAUCGAGGACUAAUAUUCACUACUUAAAAAACACAGAAGUCUAAAAGUUAUUUAAAUGGUCAGUUAUAUUUCGCGGUAAGGAUUUAUUUAAAAAUUAUUUAUUUCACACAGAAGUCCAAAAGUUAUUUAAAUGGUUAAUUAUAUUUCGCGGUAAAGAUUUAUUUAAAAAUUAUUUAUUUCACACAUUGUUUAUAUAAAAUAUUAAAUUAGAAGUAUAUAUUAAAAGUAUAAAAAAAUAUAGAUGAAAUUAAAAACCUUAAAGAUAACACGAGUUGAGCGUGAAAUUAAAGAUUCAUAAUGCAUUUUAAUAUUUUUUUGCAGCGUAGUAUCGUUUGAUUAUAACUUUAUUUAGUUGUAAUUGAUAGUGUAACUUGUUAAUUAAUUUUAACACCACUAAAUUGGUGUAUUUUAUUAUAUACCGUACUUUAUAAAAGUAGAAAAAGUGGCGCAAUUAAUUGGGAACAAUUCCAACAAUAACUGAUAAUAACAAAAAAAAAAAAAAAAAAAAGAAACAGAAAACACGUUGCUAAAGUCAAAAAGGGAGAUCUCUCCGUUCGAUGUUCUUCACAGAGGGGAGAUUUCCCUAUUCGGUUGGCUAAGUGUUAAAAUAAGAAAAAAACUUCUAUAUACAAAGUAUAUCAUAUGGGACCUACUUGAAGAGUGGACAGAAGGCAUAAAAACAAUGAGAAAGGUUCAUAUCAACAUAUGUUUUAUCUGACCUUGUUUCAAAUUUAUAGCCAUUUUUCGUUUUAAAUCCAUAACUGCCUAUCUUCAUAGAAGAUGGUCCAUACUCAAUGGCCAUCCUCGAUCUGUAUUAUUCAACAUACGCGUGGAAUUUUUGGAAAAUUGCGAAAUUCUUUGACACGACGAAAGUAGUCAUUUCAUUGAACAGUUGCGGGUUAUUGAAAUGUUAGAGUGGCUAUAAAUUCGAAAGAAAGCCAGAUCGGACUCAUGUCCAUAUGUGAACUUUUUUCAUUGUUUUUGUGCCCCCUGUUCACUUCUGCAGUCGGUUCCACAUAUUGUGAUGCACCCUGUAUAUGUAAAUAUAUAUAUAUAUAUAUAUACGUACACAUAGAUAUCUAAAGUAAAAUCAAAACGAGAAAAAAAGAGAAAAAAAAAAUGAAACACAUAUAGCGAUUUCUGUUCCGACUGCCUUACAUCGACGUCGAGUCGAACGAGAAUGCGUUGUACGUUGUCCGUGUAGUGCAUACGAGAAGUGUUCUAGCUUUUUAUUACGAUCGAUGAAAUUCAGAUGAAACGGAAGAAUCGAUUCGUAGCCAUUCACCGAUAAUUUAAGCACUUUAAAUACUUCUUUAAUACGGCGACUGCCUUGUGUUUCGAUUAGUACUAUUAAAGGAUUUUCACGUUAUUAGUUCCAAGAAUCUUUAUUUAUAAAUGAUAUGAAACUUUCUGGAGAAAGAGUCUAGCGAAGAUCAAAAUUUUACUACAUUUUAUUGCCAAUAUAAUGAACAAAUCUCUUUAAUCUGACAUGGUUUUUACGUAAUAAGUAUUUGCAGCCCUAACACAAAGAACGUACAGUAGUAUUUUUAUGAAUAUAUUAUGUGCGAUAUACGAAACUUUUUAAAAUUUCACUAUCAUUGUAGCGACACCAGUUGGUGAUUGCAUUUGUAAAAUUUGAAAACCAGAUCGAUCCAAAGCUAUAUAUGAAAGUAACAAGACAUUUCUUACAAACAUAACACAUAGUAAAAAAUUACUAUGCAGCAUGAAUCAUGAUUUUAAACAUACAGUUAGUACUAAAGAUAGUCUCACUAAUUAUUGCGUCUUGUUAAUAACCGCAAUAAUCGUGUCUCAUUACAAUGUUAAUAAAAUUUCAAAAUGUUUUUUAUAAAACAUACAAUAUAUUCAUAAAAAGUUUCCAUAAGUGUUCAAAUAUUAUUGUGAGCUACUGUAGUUACAAGGACAGAAAAGUGGAAAUUCUCAUUCUAAAAUUGAAUUUUAAAAUUGAAUUUAAUAUUGAAUAUAAAUUCAUUAUCAUCAGUGUAUUGCGUAUAAAAAUUGGUUAAACGUUGUCAUUCCCUAUUUUGCUAUCAAAAAUCUAUUAUUUAGGAAAAAUACAGAGGAAAAGAGAAAAAGAAAAAAAAAAAGAUAUUGAGAACUAAUAGCACGAGCAAGUUGUAUACAUACGAGCAGGUCAGAAGAAGCCGCAUUGAUCAACUCUGUAUGUUGAAAAUAUAGAAAAGUGAUGUUAUAAACACUGUUUCUUAGAUUUGCCUUAAAGUUUACUAUUAUUUGUGUCAUGUUCUUGUGAUAAAUGAAUUUAAGAAUUGAACAUUAAUCAUGAAUUUAUCUAGUAAAAUUGUAUAAAUUAACAAAAAGUGGAAUUCGAUCAGUGUGGCUUUUCACAGAUUCAUUAUAAUACACGUUUCGGUUUAGCACAAAGCUACUCGCAUCCUCCUCCAUACAAAAAUGUGUCCGAUCGACAUCGUCGCGCUCGUCUCUAUUUUUUAUAUCCGCCGUAGAGACAUGCUUUCCAUGAAAGCCAUCCGUAAUAUAUUUUCACGGAUCCAGAGGAAAUUUGUUGGAACCGAUUAAUCGCGUUUAACGAAUGAAAACUUCCCUCUGGCUGUUCCGAGUUCUCCGGAAAUUUUAACGAUUUGUUUAUGCAACAGCCCUGUAUAUUGCGAAGUGAGAUAUCUAUUUCUAAUAUAGUAAAAGAUCAAGUUUCGCUAAAUGGUGUUCAGACUUGGAUAAGAUUAGCUGAAAAAUCGUUGUUCUUCGUUUCUGUCGAUUAUUAUAUCGACCGUCGUAUAUCCUGAACGAGGAAAUGGUCUUUGGUUGAUAUUCGUAGAAACUUUUUUUUUCCGAAUGAAAGAAAUUCGUUGAUAACGCUUAGUUUAGAAACGAUAUCGGUAGAAUGAAACGUAUAAAAUAAGUGUUAUAUAAAGUAUACCUAAAUUGUAUUACAUUGCGUUAUACAUAUAUGCGUAUCUACGUAUAAAAAUUCGACUGUUUUGCAAAAAAAUUUGCUUUUGAAUCCAAAGGAUUUUAGUUGAUUUGAGAUACAAAUCGUGCGAACAUUCACUGCAUAUUUUAUUGUGAAGAUCAUCGAUGGUAUAAAUCCAUAAUUCAUAUAAUGAUUGGAUGUUUGUCGUGUAAUAUCGAUGUGCGUAAAGUACGAGCGUAAUAAUUCUUGCAUCGUAUACGAACAAGAGUUUGUCGUGUAAUAUCGAUGUGCGUAAAGUACGAGAGUAAUAAUUCUUGCAUUGUAUACUAGCAAGGGUUUGUCGUGUAAUAUCGAUGUGUGUAAAGUACGAGCGUAAUAAUUCUUGCAUUGUAUACGAGCAAGAGUUCGAAAAGGGAAACGGGAUUCUGUAUGUAUGUCAUAUCGAUCCAGAAUUUCGGUUCCAGUAUGCUAGAUAAUCUUUUCAUUUGUCGUACCUGGUUACGUACGCAUGUUCUUGGUUCUCUUCAAAAGCUUUCGAAUUUAUAAUAUUUAAUAUCUUAAUAGUUUCCAUUCACUAAGGACGCAACAGAUAAAUUCACCCCAUUGAUUCAAUUCUCGAGAUUACUACGUUUGUCGUGUGGUAGAUGUCAGUGGUUUCAGAAACUUCUCGAAAUUGUAAAUACUCGAGGUUCUUGCUACAAUCUCUUACCUCGAUAUCUUUUCGAUACAAUUUCUGCGUAGGUGUUAAAUCACACGAACGACGAAAUAGCAUAUAUAUAUAUAUAUAUUUUUGACACGUUUCAUCACGGAUAACUACCCUCUUUAAACCCGUAACCGCGAAUUAGCUGUUGCUAGGUAACCUUGGAAGAAAAAGGCGAAAGAAUUGCUGAAGAGCCAAAGAUGGGUUGUAAUCGAUUAGUUGCAUAAGCGGAAACGUUAGUAGUGUGGGGACUAUAGUUUUAUUUUCAGCACUUUAAUAAUCCAAAUGACAUGUAAUUUCGUGAAUAAUACCUUAUGCCGCAGAAUUGUUCGUUUAGUUUCACGGAGAAGUUGUUAGUAUCGCGGAUCCUUAGUGAAAAUAGGUAUCUUAGAACAAUUUUAACAAAUACACAAUAGCACUGUACAGUUGUAUUACGCGAAUCGAGGAAUAUCGUUAUUGUUUCUACGUUCUAUUUAAUACUUUCACGGAGAAGAGGUUCUCAUUUCAUAUAAGGUAUUUUGUAGUUGGUGGUAUAAUCGGCAAAGGGUUGAUUCUACACGAAGAAGAGACUUUGUUUCCGAGCAAAUUAACUUAAAAUAUUUGCCUGGUAUAUCUGAGUUAAUCUUCGCUUGAUUUUUACCUAUCUAGCAAUAUUAAAUUCAUUAUGUAUCCCGAAGAAAUUAAAAGUAUCAUACAAUCAAAAUAUAUGAUUGUUUUAGAGUUGCAGCAAAAUUUUAGUCUAUCUUUUUGGCUUAUUUUUUCAUGCAGAAUUACCGCUUUCCGAUUGUACCAACGAUCAAAGAAAAUCGAGAAGUCUUUGACCAAGAUCUUCGACUCUAUUGCUUAGUCCAAUUCUUUUCUGUACGUUUCCCUAUUUUUUUUCUACAAGUAAUCAUGUUCUAUUUAUAUGUUUUCUUUCAGCGGGUUUGGUCAAAAUCUCCGAUAUCUCCUCUUUCUUCCUUCCUUUUACGUUUUUUUGCCUUUUGUUGAACAUUUUGAUCACCGAUCGGUUGAAACCACUCUCGUGUUUAAUAGAGAAUCAUGUGUCGAGCAACAAAUCGAUUGUUCGUUUUUAUAGAUAUAAAUAUAUAUAUAUAACUUCUAACUCGUUAGAGUUUGUUGCUAGUACAAAUGAAAAACGAUGAGAUCUUUUCGGUGGAACGAACAAGGUCUCUUUUCGAGGAUUUAGCCGUGAGAUUUAGUACAAAGCUUCUAAUCAUCACUUUCGUCCUCGUAAAUGCUGUGAUUAUGUUUCGUGAUUCACUGUAUCUAUUCGCUGCUACGUCGAGGGAAACGAUAUUUCACGAUAUUUUCCCCCUUUCUAUUUUUCCAUAAAGAAACAACGAACAAAAAUGUCGAAAAGUAGGUGCAAUGUUUUUAAGGAUGAUAUCGUUCCUCAAGCUUAUUUUUAUUAGAAUUUCAACGACGAUUUUUUUAAUUCCUUUACUGAUGGAAGAUUUCUUUGCGAGUGUAGUAUGUAAAAAUGAUGGAAUGUAUUUAUUAAUUCGAGUGGGGCAAUCAUUAGCAGUAACUUACUUAUAGUAAUUUUUUGUCACGUGUACGCUAUUUUUGGUGCGAUGAGUUGUCUUUGUUAACAUUUUCCUUGCUUCGUUCUUUUUUUAUAUUUUUUCGAAUUCAUGCGGUUUUGAGGGAAAGCAAGAAUCGAAGGAGUAAGUAAAAUUUUGUACGAUGAGAUUGAUCAGUUGUUAGUUUUGCAGAAAUAUCUGCUAUGAUGCUGUUUAUUUUUUUUUUUUUUUUUUUUUUUUUUUAGAUUUAAAUUAAUCGUAUUCUUUAUUAUUACAUAUUGUCGCGGUUAUAAAUAUAAGUAGAUUACAAUUUUAAUAAUUACAUUACAAUCGAAGGUGAUAGAGAGCACGUUGAUACAUUUACAAAGUUUAAAAAAAGAUUAACCUUGGUGUGUAACUCUAACUGAAAGUUAUCAAAGACAGCAAUAAAAAUCUGUUUAUAGCUCUUUAUUUCUGGACCCUAUAAUUCAAACAACAUUUACAUUCAAGGGCACAAUAAUAUUGGCCUUUCUUUUCGCUCCACUAAAUUCUAUUUCCUUCGUAGCGGCGGUGUUCACGUAACGGGUAUACAAAAGAGAGAUGCAGAGUUUUUCUAGAAGUGAGAAUUACUUUAACAUAUAUUUCUUUUUACUGUCUGUUUUUUUAUUCAUUUAUGUUACUAAAUGCAGUAAUUAUAGUCGUAUAAUAAAAUCGUGAGUUUUUUUAAAUUUAUGAUCUUCACUUACAAAAUCAUAACGUUGACUGCCAAUAACAAACAUGGUAUUCAAAAAAAUAAAAAUUAGUUUUUAAUAAGCGAUUUGUACUAAUCAGCAUUGAUACAUCAUACUAUUCUUUGUUUCUGAUAUUCUUGACUCAUAUUCAUAUAUUAAUUUAAAAGUCAAUCAUAUUUAUCAUGAAAGUGCUAAUGUUUUGUUAUAUGUAUAGCGUUUGAGGUCUUUUUUAAAGUACAAUCUUUUGAGUGUUAUAUUUUGUUAUUAUAUCAAUAUCUAAUAAAGUAAUAACGUUCUUUGAAUAUAGAGAUAUAGUCAUACAAAUUUUGAUAUUUCUUGAUGCGAGCAGGUUUCCUUCAUUUAAUUUAUGUGAUGUUUUUUGUUACAUUUUUAACUUUUUAUGCUAACAAUCAUUUUUGUGGAUUGAUCUUGUGGAUAUGUGCGUUCUAGUAUUUUCUUCAUAAUCAAUAUAUUUAUAAAAUUAUCGCGAUUCUAUAGAAAUAUAAUGUAUAAAAAAAUACUAAUCUUAUAAUGAAGUAUUAAAUAUCAGAAUAUAAAUAUUACAUCUGUCUCAAGUGAAAAUCUGUAAAAUCUUAGGCUAACUUAUAAAUCGUCUUUUUAUCAAGAUAUAGUAAUAACAUGAUGAUUUCUGCCAUAGGUAUAUAUAAUUAUAAAAAAUUAAUUUUAAUAACAUCAUUCUAUUAUUCUGUGAAUAAUAUAAAAAUAAAUAAUCUUGGCUGAUAUUAGAAAGAAUUUUAUCUUUAGACGCGUUUUAUGUGUUCAAUAUAAAUUAUUCAGUGAAUAUAUAAUAUAAUUUACUAACUUGGUGAUAGAUUUUUUAGUGUAUAUCGAAUGUAGAAUAUUGUUCGUUUUAUUUGUUUUUAUGUUUAUCGAAGAAGAUAUCUGUAGUUUGAAUGUUUCGGUUUGCAUUUCUUUAUAGUGACUAAUACGGUAAACAUAGCUGGUUGCUAGUUAUGAAAUAACUAAUAUUAAAAUUUAUUUUUUAAUCAAAAGUCAACCUAAUAUCUAUUAGGAAUAUUUUAGUAAUAUAUAAAUUCAUGCGACGCACGUGAUAAUAUUUCAAAAGUUGUUUUAUUAUUAAUUUAAAUUUCUAGGUACGUAGUUCGUAGUUGAACCUUUUAAAAUAAUCAAAGGCGAGCCGUGAAUGUCAUUUUUCUCAUAAAACGAGAACAAUGAUCCUGUAUUAUGAAGUAUUAGAUGGAUUUACUGUUCGAUAACUAAAAGAGUUUUGUGCUUCUCUCGACGUAGCAAAUGCAGUGUCAUCGAGGGCAUUCGUUGGUAUUAAAAAACGCAGAGAUUUCAAUGUUGGUGCAUACCACCAGAAUACUUUUAUUUUGUAUUAUAGAGGUUUCGUUAGAAUGCAAAGUUACACGUAUAAUUCAAGCGAAAGCAUAUUCGUCCCUUUAUCGAAUAAACUUAGGUACCAAUUGUCUGCAAAUCCUUGAAUCCUCUAUCCCUCCUUCGAUUUCCGCAAAGAUCGUUCGUAACGGACGAAAAAAUACGAAACUAUUUGAGCGAAUGCCUUGAAUUUAUUAUAAAUACUCACAACUUGAUGCGAAAACGAAAAAACCGACGAAUUAUACACAUAGUAUCUAACAAAAUACGGAACGUUGUAUUUCUUGGUAGAACGUGUGACUUUUUUUUUUGCAUAAAGUGUAUAGCAGACACACGACUCUGCUUCGAGCAAAAGAAUUAAUUUUUCGAGAGAAAAAAAAGAUCACAAGUUAACACCAAAUUGUGAAAUUUUUUUGCAACUUCCUUUUCUUCAUAUUAUAGUAUAACACACGUAACUCUCUCUUUCUUUCUCUCUCUCUCUCUCUCUUCUUUAUUUUCGCUACCUCAGCCAUUCACUUUUAUCCCAUAUUUCUUCCAACGAAGAAAAAUGAUAGUAGUGUAUUUAUUUCGGCGAUUUAAUCCUCUAAACGCCGGUGAGAGUCGCGUGGACCGUAGAUAGCUUCGAGGAUUGUGUAUUUUAUACGUUAUAUAGGUCUAUGCGUGAUCAACACGUUGACUGCUAUGAAGGUCUAUAGUUGUCACUGACCUUAUAAUCAUCAUUGAUUGUUAUUGGCCAUGUUGGAAUUAAUUAAAGCGUUUAGAUGAAAUAAACAGUCAUAUUGGGAAAACCUUCGAUAAUUAUUCAAUGGUACAAUAUAAAGCACAACCGUCUCUUAAUUUAUGCGAGUCUUUCUUUUUACGCGAAAGAUUAUAGCGCAAUUUACGCGGUAGUUUUCAUGCGCGAUCUCAAUUUACGCGGCCAGGAAGUAUAUUUUCCUAGAAGUUUGAAAAGUAACAAGUGUAACUUAUUCUGUUGAAACGCGUUAGUGCUGUAUGAGAUAAGAAUGAAAGUACAUUACGUUGCGCUAGUCAUCAUACGUGUAUAUAUUUUUUCUUUUGUACUGAUAGACUUUAUUUACGCGAUUUUGAAUUUACGUGAAAAUGAAUGCACAUUGAACGGAUACUCCGCGUAAAUUGAGGGACGGUUGUAUUAAACGAAUCGUGAACAGAUUAAAGAAUCUUAAUUUUUAAUAAAGCGAAAACGUACAAAAUGUAGCUAUUCGGCAGUCAAUGCGUUGAUAAUAACAUUUACCAAUUACUUAGAGUAAUAAUUGACGAUUUAUAAAUAUAUAACAAUAUAACGAGGAAAAUAUAAUUAUUUAGCAAUUGUUUUAGCAAAAUGCGUUUUACGCGUAGCUUUCUUUAUCAUACGAACAAUGAAGAAUGUAAUUAUUAUACUCGAUGUAUGUGUACGUAUGGAUUGUAAUAUCGUGUUUGUGUUAAUGUGCUAUCGAUUUUCGUCAUUGUUUUGGCGAUUCUAUGGGUGAAAAACAGAAAAUCAUACCAGGUGAUAUUCUGCAACAACUGCCCAUCAGAGAACAAAUCAGAAACAAAUGGUACUAUUAAUUUAUCAUUUUAAGAGGUCCCAAACACGACACGUCGUAAUUAUUCUCCGGUCGUUAGAAGAUUAAGCAGCUUCGACGAAGUACUUAGUUUAAUAACCUUUCGCGAGAAAAGCGAGCAUCCGCGUAGAUACCGUGUGGUUCUUGCAUUACGAUCACGUGUGAUGAAUCUUUAGAUAAUUACUGAAUUACGUGUAUUCGAAUAUUAUUUCCGUUAUAACUUGCGAAUUAGACUUAUCAAGCGAGUUUUAUGUGAUUGAGAAACCUGUGUUUUGCGAAUGACAAACGACUAACAAUAAGAGAUUUGAACGUUGCGUGAUAAUUUAAAGUUAAUGCCCAAUGUUCGUAGAAAAUUUGUAAAUUUC